UUUUAAAUCAUUAGAUGUAAAUAUUGAUAUGUACAUGUGACAGUAUACUGUUUAUUGUUUUAAAUGAAAAUCUCUCAUUAAUCGUUGUCAUUUGAUCAAAAAGUUAUAUAAUUAAGCGAGAAUGGCAGAAGCAUCAUUUUCAAAGCCCGCAGAUACUGAAACAUUGAAUUACACUCAGGAUAUUCGACAAAUGAUGCAUGGAUUUGGUGAUAGUAGUGAACCAUUGUUUGAAUCUGCUAAGAUCAUAGAGGAUGUUGUGCUGCAGCAAAUGAGAGCAAUUGUCAGUAGAGCGUGCGAAAUUGCCGAUAGACGAGCCGGUUCAAAGAAAAAUAUCAUUAACGGAGAGGAUUUUAUUUUCUUAUUGCGUAAAGAUAAAGUUAAGCUUCAGCGUCUUUUGAAAUAUCUUGAACUCAAAGAGUUGGGAGGUUCAGUUCAAAAAGCUAUGAUGAAUGAUGCUCCACAAAAUGUUCUAGAUUCUGAACAAUUGGACAGUACCAAGAAGAAGGUACCAUUUCAGGCUUUUCUAGAACAGAUUGACAACACAGGUGAACUUCUUGAAAAUUCAUCCACUAUGGAUGAGAUUAAGCGACGUAGAUGCAUUCGUGCGGAUAUCGCGACAAGAUCCAUGGAUGAAAUGCGUUAUAUAAAAUAUAGCAGGGCUCGUCGUGUGUCCUUUAUAAACAAGAAUCGUCAUAAAUUCAGCGAUUGGGUUGGCUUAGAUGGUGACAUCACUUUAUCAAAACAGGCAUACACAAUCUUAAGUUAUCUCGCAUAUGAAACGGUUGCUCAAAUUAUUGAUUUCACUUUCUUAGUCCGACAAGAUCAAAAUAAAAUGCAUGGCGAUGCCAUAGAUCGACAACGACUCAAUUAUGUUAAUCCAUUUACAUACAAGCCAUAUUAUCAUGGCAAGAAUGUCGUAACAAAACCAUUUACUCCUUCAGAGAUAAAUGAAGCACUUAGGAGGUAUUGGUCUCCACAGCUAGAUAUGACAGGCCCCUUUAACAGAUGGUCUAUGAGAAGAUCAAAUUUAAAAUUCUUUUCAUUGUAAAUGUAAAGAUGCUAAUUUUGUUCCUAUAUCAUGGUGAGAGUAGUGUCGAUACUCGUGCUUUUCCUUCCGCGCCGCCAGUUAUGCAAGUUCCAGAUUGAUUGGCAGUCGACCAGUCGCAACAUAGGGUACCCUUAUGUCCGCC